AUGUUCAGUUUUCUUCAAUUGGUCAUCACCGUCGCGGUCUCCGCAGCAGCUGUGGCAGCGUCGUCGUUACCCCUCAUCGGGUCCGACCACUCAGUUGACACUAGCUUCACAUCCCUGGCCAAUACCCCUCUGACUCGCACGAUUUCGGAUCCGAAUGCGAUUUACGUGGCCCCUCAUUUUGCCUACGUCCGUAUUCCGUCGGGGGGGGUCCUCACCGUGAGCGCUGCCGACGGGUCCCAAGCAGUCAACUACACGGGCCACCACAAGAACUUUUACGCCGAAUACGUCCACGGACCAUCUGCAGUCAUCACAUACACGCCCCCAGCUACGACUAGUUCCAGUGACCACCCAGCUUUUGUGGUGGAUCGAUAUGUCAGUGGAUCGGGCAAUAUCGCGACUACGGAAUCGAUAUGCAGCACGGACAACACGAAGGGCGCUCCUUGCCUCAAGGACUCGGACUCACCCAAGUACAAGAAGGCCCAGGCGGUAGCACGGCUGCUCAUCGGGGGCAGCGGUUUAUGCACAGGCUGGUUGUUUGGGUCGGAAGGUCAUUUAAUCACCAACAACCACUGCAUUGUCGAUGCGGAGGCCGCGACCAACGUGCAGGUGGAGUUUGGUGCGGAAUGCGCAACGUGCGACGACCCGAAUAACUCACAACAAUUUGGGUGCAAGGGCGAAGUGGUGGCGACAAGUGUCGAGUUUCUCCGCACCAACAAAACGCUCGACUACACCCUCGUGAAGCUCAAACUCAAGGACGGUGCGUCGCUUACCAAGUACGGGUACCUUCAAGCGCGGGCGUCUAAACCAGCAUUGAACGACCCGAUUUACGUCGUUCACCACCCCCGCUUCAAACCCUCAUGCAUUUCCACGGUCUUGGACAACGGAGACAUGGGGAAGAUAGAAAAACUUAGCGUAAAUAAGUGCCAGCGUGACCUAGUGGGGUACUCGCUGGACACGGAUGGCGGAUCCUCUGGUGCGCCGGUGCUCUGUGCCAAGGAGAACUCUGUUGUGGCAUUGCAUAACUGCGGCGGGUGUAUGAACGGUGCCAUUAAGAUGUACAAGAUCGUGGACGAACUCAAGUCUCUCGGCCUCCUGCCUGCCGACGCAAUCUCGAGUGGUGGAGAUGAUGACCCGUCCCCCCCUAUGACGACCACGCCCCACUCUCCAAGCACCACGUCCCCCUCUCCAAGCACCACAUUCCCCCCUAUGACGACCAUGUCCCCCUCUCCAAGCACCACGUUCCCCCCUAUGACGACCACGUCCCCUUCUCCAAGCACCAAGAAACCGUCCACAACCUCGAAAAGCCCCGCGCCCACCACGAAAUCUCCGUCGACCAGCCACCGCCCGGUCCCCACCACGACUCGCCCCCGCAAGACCUGCAAACGCAAGACAAAGAAGCCGUCACGUUCACAUCCCACGCAGCCGCCCCCCUCCAUCGCCCAACACCCCCCCGCGAAACUUUGA